GAAGUGUGUGUGUGGGCUGCGCUGCUGCAGUCGCCGUGCCGCGCGGUGCGGAACACGUCGCGCAUAGCGAAGCGAGGACAGUCGCCGUGUGCAACCGGCUGGAGACUCUUACUCACCGGAAGUGAUGACGCAUUACAGAACAAGCCGACGUGUACUACCACUGUCCGGACGUGACAUCGUUUGUAGAUCGUGACAUUCGGUGGUCUUGUUACACAACGAUACGUGUGCUGGCGGCAGCUCUUACGAACUUUGUAACAUAGACAGCGAACUUUCGUGAGAUCUAGGAGACUACUGUUGCGUGUUGUGUGAUUUUUUUACCACUUCGACAGUUCCGUAUUGUUUUUGUUCGGUUGUAUUGUGCGUUGUGGAAGGUCAAGAACCAUGCGACGUGGACAAAUCUCGCAGGUUUUCCUGCUAUUGUGCGUGUGUUGCUGGCUUGUUUUCGGGGAAGAUUCCUUACAAGUUCCAGGAGUGGAGCAACGGCGCGCGCGGCAGAGCGGCGCCAAGCUGCGACACUCGAGGCAUCUGGCGGAGAAAUCUGCUACGCACCACGCCGUGCCGCGCGCAGAUCCCUCAGACGCUGUUCCUUUGAUUGUACAUGACAAUCAUAAACCAAUGUUUACGAACUGUUCAAACUAUCAGCCAUCUGUCAAAGAGGAGCAGGAUAUAGGAACAUAUGUUGCACAGGUGAAAGCUGAAGACAGAGACCCUCUUGAAUCAGGAGGCACCAUCACAUAUUCCAUUGUAACUACAAAAAAUGACAGGGAGAAGUUCUCAAUUGAUUCAGCGACAGGGAUUAUCAGAACCAGCCAACAAUUUGAUCGAGAUGAGCCACGCCGUGAAAAAGAAGUUUACUUGACUGUUCGAGCUACUGAUAAUGGUCUACCACAGCUUGAUGAUGUCUGCACAAUAAAAGUAACGAUUGAAGACAUAAAUGACAACAAGCCCAUGUUUGAUAAAGUGCAUUACCAAGAAUCUGCACCUCAAGAUCUGAAGCUUGGACAGGAAGUGAUGAGGGUGUCAGCACUGGACAUAGAUGAUGGAAACAACAGCAUUGUAUCGUAUGAUCUAGAACCUGCUCCAAAACAGCCAACUGACAGAAAAUACUUCCGCAUUGAUAGAAGUUCUGGCGUUAUAUUAUUGGAUAGUCCAAUUAAUGAUAAAGACAUAGGCUACACGUUCAGAUUGGUAGCUAAGGCAACUGAUCAUGGGGUCCCACCACUAUCGGCAACUGUUGACCUGGAGAUAGUUGUUGUAGAGACUAACAAGAAGAGCCCUACAAUUGAGCCAGAUCCUUUUGAUAAUGUAUACCAAAUACCUGAGAACUAUUCGGAUUUCAGUGCUCCUAUUAUUACCAUCAAGGCCCAAUCAAAUAUUCCCAAUUCUCCCGAAUUACAAUUUCUGCUUGUUAGUGGACAAACACAGCAGUCAAAUUCAGUUCCCACAUUUCGCCUGGAGACAGAUGCAAAGAAGGAUAAGGCCUACAUUAAACUAGCAGGGAAAGAACUAGAUUAUGAAACAAUAACAGAAUACCAUCUAACUGUUCGUGUAGAGAACAAGUAUCAACUUGCACAUCAGCAGCGAUAUACCAUUAAAAUUUUGGAUGUUAAUGACAAUGUGCCUAUUUUUAGAAAAAUUGAAUCGGGAUAUGUUUCUGAAAAUGAGCCACCUGGUACACCUGUAUUGCAAGUUAAGGCAAUCGAUGCUGAUGGCACAGAAGCACACAAUCAGGUGACAUAUGCACUUGCUGAUGACAACACUGAUCUCUUCAGUAUUGAUCCAAAAACUGGAAACAUCACAACAAAAAAGUCUUUUGACAGAGAAACAAACACAGUUUUUUUAGUUAAAGUGUUGGCGUAUGACAAUUCACCAUCUGCAUUAUUAUUAGAUGGUAGACCAAACAAAGGUGAGCAACAGUUUCAGAUUUGGAUAGCUGACAAAAACGACAAUCAACCUGUUUUCGAACACAAGCUGUAUACAGCACACAUUGAGGAAGAUGCAAAUAUAAAUUCCAUGGUUACUCAGGUGAAGGCUAUUGACAAUGACACAGCUUCCAUUGUAAUGUACAGCAUCAUAAACAACACAGCCAUCGGUGAAAAGGAUGACAAUCCUUUCACAAUUGAGCCACGCACUGGUAAAAUUAGAGUUUCUUCCCAAUUAGAUUACGAGAGGACUACAAAGUAUACACUUCUUGUGCGUGCAUUUGAUGGUGUGUAUGAGGAUUACACUACAGUCAAUGUCUUAAUUGACAAUGUAAAUGAUAACCCACCUGUUUUUGAGAAAUAUGAGAAAGAAAUAGAAAUUUAUGAAGAAAGAAUUCCAGAUGAGAAAUGUUUGGUCACAUUGAAGGCAUACGACCCCGACAUAGCGGACAGAAGUGCUCCUCAAAAUAUUGUAUAUUUUGUGUUCAAGGAUGAACAGAAAAAAUUGCUGGACAUUGAUAAAGAUGGGUGCCUGAUGCUCCUUAAGCCUUUGGACCGAGAUCCACCCAAUGGCUAUGAAGCCUGGCAGGUUUUGAUAGCAGCAGAUGAUGAAGGUGGUGGACCAACUUCCCAAUCAUCAAUUACAGAGGUCAUUAUUAACCUAAUAGAUAUUAAUGACAAUGCACCAUUCCUCAGCAUGGCUAAGCCAGUUAUAUGGGAAGAAAAUAAAGAGCCUGGCAAUAUAACUGCAUUGAAUGCUACAGAUUACGAUGGCCCAAAAAAUGGGCCACCAUUUACUUUCAGGAUGAGUGUAGAAGCAGAUAGAGACACAACUGAAAAAUUUGAGAUAAGAGGAAACAGUUUAUUUGCACUGAAGGUAUUUGAUCGAGAAGAGAAAAAGAAGUACCUUGUGCCAAUCACCAUUACAGACAGUGGAGAACCUCAGCAAACUGGUACAAGCACACUGACAGUGAUAAUAGGUGAUGUCAAUGACAAUGCUAUGCAGGAGGGCAGAAGUUCCAUUUUUGUAUACAAUUAUAAGGGGGAGGCUCCAAACACAGAAAUAGGUCAGGUUUAUGUUGAAGACCCUGAUGAUUGGGAUUUACCUGACAAACAUUUUAGGUGGAAAGGUGAAUCACAUCCUAAUUUCAAUUUAGACGCUGGCACUGGUAUGAUCACAAUGCUUGCUGGAACACAAGGUGGAGAAUAUCUUCUAGAAUUCACUGUGCGAGAAGAAGGAAUAUUUGUGAAGGAACAUGAAGUAAAUGCUUAUGUAAAUGUCACUGUGAAAGAAAUUCCUGAAGAAGCAGUGGACAAAUCGGGUUCAAUUAGAUUUUAUGGUGUAACAGCAGAAGAAUUUGUAGCUCCUGGACCAAAUGGGAAACCCAGCAUGAAGAACCUGCUUCAGUUAAAACUUUCAAAAUUCCUCAAUGUGAGCCUUGAAAAUGUGGAUGUUUUUACAGUUCUCCAUUCACCUCACAAUGAUAGCACGGAUGUAUUAGAUGUAAGGUUUUCAGCACAUGGGUCACCUUACUACCAACCAGAACGGUUAAAUGCAAUAGUGGCAGAGCAUCAAGAUGAGAUUGAACGAGACCUGGGCGUGAAAAUGCUGAUGAUAAACAUUGAUGAAUGUUUAUUAGAAAAAGUAUAUUGUGAGUCGUCUUGUAGAAAUUUUCUCAACAAAACAAAUAAACCAUAUGCUGUGUAUACAAACACAUCCUCAUUUGUGGGUGUAAGGGCAGUAGUAGAUCCCAUUUGCAGCUGUGCAGUUCUACCAGAGAGAAUUGUCUGCCUCAAUGGAGGCACUGCAGUUGGUGAAAGGUGUGAAUGUCUUGAAGGCUUUGAAGGUCCACAGUGUGAGAUAAUUUCUGUUGGAUUCUACGGUAAUGGCUAUGCUUUGUACCCAUCCUUGGAUGCUUGUGAACAAGGCCAUAUUUCACUGGAACUUACACCACAUUUGGAUGAUGGAUUAAUAUUUUAUGUUGGACCAGUUACUCCAACUUCUGGGCAUAAUGUCAGAGAUUUCAUGGCUUUAUACCUGCAAAAUGGAUUCCUUCGGCUGCUAAUGGACUAUGGUUCUGGAACAGUAUCAGUUGAACAAAAUCAGAAGCUAACUGAUGGAAAACCUCACUUCAUUGAUAUUCUUUGGAGCAAAACGACUAUUGAGCUGGAUGUUGAUCAUUGCCAGAUGAGCUCAUGUGUGUCUUUUAAAGCUCCUGUACCACCAAACGAAUAUCUCAAUGUGAACGGCCCAUUGCAGCUGGGUGGAACUUUUACAGACCUAACUGUGAUUGGUGCAAGACUAAACUGGACAAAUUUACCUGUAAUGGAAGGUUUUGGUGGCUGCAUUCGUAACCUUACAUUUAACGGGAAGACAUACAACUUGGGCAUGCCAGGUGAUGCUAAAAAUGUGGAUCCUGGAUGUAAUCGUGGGUUAGCAAAAGCUGUUUCAUUUGGAAUUAACACCAAUUUCCUUGUGGCGAUACUAAUAUGUAUUGCAAUAUUCCUCAUUCUGAUCCUGGCAGUAGUUGUGCAGAGACGCAAGUCUGAUGACAUGUAUAAAGACACAGAUGACAUCAGAGAAAAUAUUAUUAAUUAUGAGGAUGAGGGAGGUGGUGAGGGUGAUAUGACAGGUUAUGAUCUGAAUGUUCUACGUUUCAUGUAUGAUGGACAAGGUCCAAAUGACAAGGCUCCUGUUAAGGAAAACUUGAAGAAGAGAGCACCAGAUGAAGUGCCAGAUAUAUGUGGAUUCUUAGAUGGGAAGAAAAAAGUCUGUGACAAUGACCCAGAGAGUACGCCUUUUGAUGAUGUCAGACAUUAUGCAUAUGAGGGUGAUGGUAACUCAUCAGGCUCAUUAUCAUCAUUGGCAUCUGGCACAGAUGAUGGCGACCUCGAUUUUGACUAUCUCUCCAGCUUCGGCCCUCGUUUCCGUAAAUUGGCUGAUAUGUAUGGCGAAGAGCCUAGUGAUGAGGAAGAUGAUACUUUCCACAAUCCUGCAUCAGAAUCGUGGUGCUGAAACAGGGAUUUGUACUGGCUGGCACAGCUAGUAGGGACCAUGGGUGCAACUGUAUGGCAGCAAGCUCCAGUGAACUUCAGAAGCUGGUGGUAAACAAGGGCCAGCCGGUAGUUUUUAUCAAGACUGACAAGCAUCCUCUAUGGUGCUGCAGUUGUACUGAAAUGACAUAUCAUUUCAGUGAUAACUAACAUAAACUUUCUGUGUUAUAAAUUAUAUACUACUUGUGCAAUAACAGAUUGCAUGUUUUAACGUCUGAUGCAUAAGAAGAAACAAAUGAUGAGAAGUGUCGGGUACAUUGAAUGAAGUGCCAAAUAGUAAGUAAUUGCGGUGUAUUACUUGUGAAAAAUGGGGGCAAAACUGCUGUGGAAUAAUGGUUGUUAUUUUUAAAUGUUACAUCAUUUGUGUUACUGGGAUGUCGCUGCAGAAAGUAAUCCAAAAGUUAGCAGCAGAUUUUGCUUGUAAACAUUCCAUAUAAUUAUGUUAACUGCACAACUCAAAUCUUCAUCGUCCUAUGUAAGACAGUUAAAGUACAUGUGUAGAACACUUGACUGUGAGACUCAGUUGUGAAACAGUGUUGUUAAACUAAAAAAAAAAAGUCAAGUGUACUAAAGUAUUGAAAAAGUUUCUGUGAAUGUUGGACUUGAAGGUUUGUUCUUGUUUUUAUGUUUACAGGCGAUAUUAGGAAAAUAUAUUUGUAUUUAAUGCUGUUGUGCACAGCGACAUCAGAUUUAUUUUGUGAUCAUUCCAUAGAUUGAAUGCUUUAUUAAUUUAUUUAAUGAAUGAGGAUUAAUGCAGCUGAACUGACUGUGAUGACACAAAUUACAAACUUUUAUGUUAGGAAGUAAUAGUAUUUAAGGCACAAGAUUCAGUAAAUUUUGUUUGACUGAAAACAGUAUUUUAUAUUGAAAUAUUAGUUAGAAUGCUGUAUGCUUUGAUAAAAAGUUGAAUUUAUCAUAUUUGCUGUGUGAAAGUGUUCUAUUGUACUUAAACCGGAAGACGAUACUGUGAUUUUUUUAAAUAGUAUGGAGUGUUAAUCAGUAGCAUGUGAUGUUCAUUUGCAUACCAAAGAAAUGUGACAGGUAACUUGAAGGUAUCUUUAAAAGGUUUCAUACAUUUCAGAUUCACAGUGACUGUACAGUCCUGUCAUAAACAUGCAUAAAAAGAGAUGUGGACUAGUUUGAACACUAGAAGAUUUUUUAAAAGACAUUGUUAGUGAAGUACUAUCCUUUGUAUUACUGUGGGGAAAAAUACUGCAACGGUCAAGUUUAUAACAGUGAAGAAAAUUAUUGCUCUGGAAAUUCAAAACCAAGUGAAUGAUUCCCAUGUCAUCGGUACUUUCACAGCAGAAAAAAGGCCUUUGUAAGAAGUCUGAAUUCAUGUGUUGGGUAAAAUACACUUUUUUCCAGAAUAAUGCCUGGUAUUGUUUCAUUGUGUUAGUACUAUGUUUGCAAGUGAUGGACAACUGAUAUGUGUUACAUUUGUAAUGCAUAUGUUUCCUCACUCUGUUGUCUAGGUAGUUCUGGAGUAAUUAUUAAGAUUCCCACAAAGUAAAAUAUUGCUAUGUGCCUUUUACUAGCUUUGAGACAGGCUGGAUAAGAAAUAUCAUGCAGCAGUUCAUAAUUUCAUUUUCUACUGAAGAAAGGUAAAAAAAUUAUCAUGUGUUAGAGAGAGAGAGAGAGAGAGAGAGAGAGAGAGAGAGAGAGAGAGAGAGAGACUGAUUGAUUGAUUGACUGAGUCUGUGAUUACAAGAUAACUCUGAAAAUUUUUAUGAGGGCAUAAGUUUGUAAACAGACAUUAGAAUACAAGGUUCUGUGAAUUAAAGUAUGCCCAUGAUAAUUUACAUUUUCAAGGAAGCACCUUAUAAACUGAAAAACAUGAUAAUUAUUACAUUGACAAGUGAAAAGAAGGCCACAAAUGUUGUGAGUUUUUAAUUGAUACUGGAAUUUGUGUACGGCUUUGUCAUUCAUAAUAAUUAGUAUACAAAGGCCUGUAGAAUUUAACUAUUGUUUCUACAUAUUAUAGUUUAGCAUACACAGUCACAGCAUAUCAUGCAGCAUAUAUUUGUGUGCACUUGCAAUUUUUUUAAUGGACAUUGUGUGAUGAUACCAAAAAUUUAAAUAUAUGCUUUAAAACUAUAUUUGUGGACAGUAUUUAAUUUUUUUUUAAAUGGUUGCUCAAACUAACUUUGACAUAAUUGAGAGGAAAAAAUGGAAUGUAAUCAGUUAACUACAGGCAGAAUUUCGAAAAUAAAAGAAUCAAUAAGUUACUGUUAUUUUUAAUUCAAAGGCAUGUUACUGUUGUAUAUUGUAAUAAACAGGAAUGUUAAGUGACUCAACUAAAUUGAGUAUUCUAAUAAUGUACUUUCAGGAUCACACUAAUUCAUUGAGUUAUUUUGGUAAAAAUGUGGGCAAUGUUUAUUGAUAUUUUUCUGCAAGAAUUCUAAUUUGAGUACAAAUAUUUACAUUCAUUAAUUUGUUGCAACUUGGUAUAAAUCUAGUAUUAUUAUGAUGAUGAUGAUGAUGAUGAUGAUGAUGAUGGUGACAAUUACUAUGGCUAAAAUUGUUGAAAUAUUAAAUCUGAACACAGUUAAACAAGUAAAAUUAAUAACUGCUUUUGUGAGAAAUUAUUUUUGAACUAGUUCAGGUGCCUGUAAUCGGUUGACUGUACUUUUGAAUCAGUUGACUUGAAUCUUAAUUCACAAUUCUGCUUGUUGCAGAGAAAGUAAAUUUUACCAAGUUAAGUAGUGUUUUCAGCUACAAACAGUGAAUUAAUAUAAAACAUAUGUCAGGAACUUCUGUCAAAUUUUCCAGCAUUUAAUUGUACGUACAUUCCAAUGGAGAGGACUGACACACGUUAUGUAUAUAUAAAGGUUUUAUGUACUAUUUUGAAAAAGUGAAAGUGAUUUACUAACUUGUUGUUAUUGUUUUAAGUUGUACUUUCCCAUCAAAUAGAUUGCAGUUUUGUUGUAGGUCAUACAAGUUGUACUUCACUGGAAAUUGUGGUUCAGUUCUGAAUUUGGCAGAUGUAUUCUAAUUUAAUCUAAAUGCGAUUUAUAUUUUAAGUCUUAAGAUGUAAGCCAGUGCCAUCUGCAGAGAAUAUGUUAUUUGUCUUUUGAAUAUUGAUGCAUAUACAGAGAACUUGCUCUACUUGUAAGUUUCCACUUGUAAUACCACAUUUUAACAGCUUUUUAAAACCUGGCUGUCUUUCACCUGUCAGUGCAUGGAGAGAGAAGAAAUUUGGACAAAAAAUUCACACAUCAUACUUAUGAAAACACAUUAGCAUUAUAGGGGCCAAACUGUCAGUGCUAACAGUCCAGAUCUCAUGUUGUGCGUGUAUAUGGGUAUUCAGAUUUAACAUUUUGUGUGUGUGUGUGUGUGUGUGUGUGUGUGUGUGUGUGUGUGUGUUUUAGAAGAAUGCCUGACUUGUUUACAACUGACCUGAGUGUGAGUAUUUUAUACUGUAAAUGUUUUGAUAAAUAAGAGUUGUGAAGUUUGUCUUGCUGCUAAUAUUGCAGUAUCUUCCUGUGUAAUCAGCGAUAUGGCACGCAGUAGUGUAAAAGAAAUUCACGAACGCAUUGUUUUUGUAAUAAGCGUGACUGCAAAUUGUCCUACAGUUGUCCCAUAUUUUGUACUAUUGUCACAUAACUCUGAAUGUUUUUCAUGUAUAUUUAAAAAAAAGUGUGCAUAUUGUAAAUUGCCUUAUACAAUGGCCUGUCUCAUUAAUGCAUUUAUUUUAG